AUGAAUGGGGUAAAGAUAUUUGUCAAGAAAGGGAAACUUAGUCCCCGUUAUAUAUGUCCCUUCCGAAUUUUGAACCGUGUUGGGAAGGUGGCAUAUGAGCUUGAGUUGCCUACAGAUUUAUCAUUCGUACAUCCUGUGUUCCAUGUGUCUUUGUUGAAGAAGUAUAUUGGUGAUCCAGCAGUUGUGGUACCAUUAGAAAAAGAGGAAUCUGAGUCUGAGGAUUCUUUGAAAGAAGGAGAAUGCAGCAAUGAAGAAUUCAUCAAUGUUGCAAAUAAUUUUGAGUCUGAGUCUAAAAAUAGUGAGGCAGAUUGCAACUACCAAGGAACAUUUUGCUACUGUGAUAGCAAAUCUAUAAGCGUGCUUUCAGAAAAUAAUGUUGAAACUUUGUUUUCCACCAUCGAACAUAUCAAAGAUGAUGAGGAAAAACGAAAGUAUCUUUUGGAAUUAAAGAGGCUUGUCACUCACCAAAAACAUGAUGACAAACCCAAAGUUACCCCUUUCAGCAUGAAAGAAGUCAUGCAGAGGUUUGACACUAGAAGAGAACCUUCUAUUAGUGAUAUUUGA